AUGUUAGCGGCCGAGGUCAAAUGUAGCAAGAGACCUGGAGCGAGUUAUGCCAAAUAUGGUAAUUUCGUAACUACGGUGAUUCUCAACAACAACUUUGUAGGCGCCAUCUUUGUAAAUCUGGAGCGAAUUUGAUCUUUCGUGUACUGUCAUCGAGAACAGCCUAGAAUAUCGAUUAUUGUAUGCAGAGAGUAAUGGUUUUCUAAUUUAGUCGGUGAGUUUAUUCAAUGAUGCUGUUUAACGAAAUGAUGAACAAUAUUCCUUCAAGGAUUGGUGAGAACUGUACAAAUACAACUUCAACUGAUGAGAUGGGAAAAUUGCCUCCUGCAUUUGGAAGAAUACAGCGCAGUAGCAAUGCAAAGUGGAAAAUUGUAUAUCGUGCACCUCGGUGCAUGCACAGAUCUCGAUGUCUAGAUACUCUUAUUCGCUACCGAAACUGGAGCUUACUGUAGGACUGCAAAUAUGCGCAAUCCAGGCCAGAAAGGCUUCUUUGAUUGGAUUGAAGUGCAAAUUGAUUGAAAAUAUAAGUCAUGAUGAGAUGAGUUUGUUUAUAUAAUGGUGGGGCCACCAGGUUUGUUUGUUGCAUUUCCUAGAAAUUACAUUCAUAUGUCUAUGAUGGUGAGAACUUGCUCCAACACCUGGUAGUUGUGUUGUGCUAUAGUAUUAUUUAGUAUGAUUGCUUUUUAUCAUUCUUUGACCCUUUGCAGUGUUGCAUUUUUCCUCACCUGCUGUCAUACUACAAUACCUAACCAAACUUAACUUCUUUUUCAGUUACAGGGUGUUAUAUUUUUCACCAUGCCAGUACAAACAGAACGAAGUGUCAAUCAUUUUGGAAUAGAGGUUGCCAACAGCAUCACAUGGCAAGGAUGGGAGCCUGGUGGAGAGUACACACAGCAAAUUGUGCUUAAGAAUGUGCAGAUUAAAACUAAAAAGCUGCACUACAAGUGAGUACUUUGCUCCUCAGAGCUUAUUCAAUUAAAAUGCUGCAAUGAUUCAAUUAGAUUUUUAGCAUUUUCCACCCCCUCUACUCCCAAGCCAGAGUUGAUUUCAAAUGACCUACCCAAGCAAAAUUUGUUGUAGUAUUCUUUGUAUGAUCAACAUUUGUUUUAGAAUUUAGGAAAGGCAUGUAUUAGUUUUUUGUACUUCUGUGGGAUUAUUAGCUUGUAAGUAUCAUUUUAUGAUGUUAAUUUUUUUCUAAGCAAUUUGCUAGCAACAACAGACUCUUUACCUUAAAACUCUGAUUUCCAAGACAUGUAUUUGGCUGGAAGGACUGGACAAUUAUAGUUGAAAUACCCCACCCCACCAAGACAAGGUUCAAAUUUCUCACUCCCACUGGUUGCCGGAGGAGAGGAUGUUGAAGCUUCCAACUAAUCAGUACAUAAAUACCAUGAACAAUUUUUUGAAUAAGGAAAGAAAGUUGUUAUUUGUCUAGCCGUGGGGGUAAGUUAAGCAUUUUCCCCUUUGCAUUAAAAAAGUGGAAAAAGUUUAUGCAUAUGCACGUCUCUGUGUUGAGCCAACAGUUCCUUCAUUAAUUACUCUCUUAUCACAUUGUAUUAUUUCUAUUUCCAGGUCUCCAUCUAGUAGAUUUUUUACAACACUUUACCCUAAGCCAAUUGUGCUAAGCUCUGGAACCAGCUUUACUUUGCCUGUCACAUUCAGACCUCUUGAAAAGGUAUAAUAUGAUGUGGUUAUUCUUAAACUAUCCGAGUUGAUUUAAUAUCUGUAGAGCUUAGUUGAAACAGUUGCUUCAUUUUUGUUUUUACAAGAUCUGUCAUUAUUAUUUUGUAGGGACAUUAUGAAGAUUGCAUAGAAUUUGAAACAAAUGUAAGUUACUGUGAAUUGAGUCCCAGCUUGGAUGUUACUGGCAUGAUAAAUAGUUAAUGCAAAGACAAACUAAUGAAAAACUAUUUGCUUACGAAGAUGUCCUGCAUUUGUUUGAUUAUUAUAAUUUGCUUUUUGAUGUUACAGUGUUUUACUCUGUUGUUUGUUUAGGAGGGAAUUUUUUCAGUUCCUAUGAAAGCAGUCUUACCAAAAGCAGAUAUAGCAGUACCAGAAUCACUUAAGUUCAACAUGUGUGCUGUAAAGGACUGUGUGCAAGUUGUAUUUCAAAUCACAAAUACCAGGUAUAUGUAUUUUUGAUAAAUAUACAUGUAGCUACUGGAUACAAGCAAAACAUUUGCUGAUCAAAAUCCUUUUUCAGGCUUAUAACAGUGUAUAAGAAUUAGAUCCUCAAGGCUUUUAGUACUAACCUGUUGUGUAUAUAUAUUUCUAUGUAAACAAAAUUUUUAGCUACUUCUCUGUUUUAUGGAAUAUUAUUGAUGACAAGCAACUGUACUUUCUCUUUGCCUGUUUUUCAGUGAACUGGUAACAAAUUUCCAUUGGAAAGUGUUGGAGCCAUUUUCAAUUGUUCCUGAAAGUGGUACUCUGUCACCACAAACAUCAUGCAAUAUCAAAGCGACAUUUAGCCCAAAGGUAUAUGUUUCAAGAUGUCUAUGGUGUGCAUUGGGUGAUUACAAUGUGGAGUUUUGAAUGAUUCCAAUGCCCUAACUCUCUCAGAAUCUUGUAUUGAUACCUUUACUGAUCAUUAUUUUGUAGGCAGCGUUGGUUUAUGAAGGCACUGCAGUGUGUUCUUAUAGUGCUGAACAAAAAGUUCCUUUUACAAAGCAUGUCAGAUUGGAAGGAAUAGGUAAACUGAUCAACAUACAUUUCUAGUCUAUUAUGUUAGGUAAGUCUGUACUUGAGCCAAGUGGCACACCCAGCAGAAGCCUAUCCUACCUUCCUUUACAUUAAGCAGUUAGGAGUAUUACUACUCCUCCCUGGAUGUGAUGCUAGUCCAUCACAAGGUUACUCCCCAGCAUUUCAUCAGACCUCCCUGACGAUUGUCAGCAUCCAUUUAUACUCCUGAAUGGAGAUAAGCAUGGUGGGAGUAAAGUGUUUUGCUCAAUUGCAUAACAUGGUGAACCAGCCAGGUCUUGAACCCAGACCUCUCAACCUGCAGUCCAGUGCACUAACUAGCAUUGACCCAGCCAGGUCUGGAACCCCUCUCAACCUGUAGUCCAGCAUUUUAACUAUCAGGCCACAGCAUGUCCCCAAGCCAUAUUGUUUUCUUGAUCAGUGGUUGCAUUAUCAUCCUUUGAACUUAUUUUUCAUCUCCUGCAUCAGGUAAAUUUCCCCAUCUUGUAGCCAGCAUAUCCAGGCAGACCAAGAACACUCCUUCUACUGAGUUCACAACCAAGGAUGAAUUAGAUUUAAAUUUUGGUGAAGUCCCUGUUCAAACAACAGCUGUCAAGUGGAUUGAGCUACAUAACUUCUCUCCAGUAAGAGUUAUUCUUCUUGACCAGUUCCUUAAAUACAAGGGAUAUUAUCAUUGAUUUUUUUAUAUUGGAGCUUUUCAAUUUAAUUUAUAGGUUAAUGCACCAUACCAAGUGUUACAACCAUCUUCUACCUUCAAUAUGGACAUGGUGUUCUCAUGUUCACAUUAUCAUGGUGUUGUCCCAGCAGAAAGUACCAUCAAACUUAAGGUAAUUUUUUGUUGCAGGUGAAUCUGCUUAUUUAUAUUACCCAGUAAGGACUCAAUUGCUUUGUUCUUUGCUAACAGUAAUUUUUAACUGAAGAUUUUUCUUUAUAUUCUUCUUGUAUCCUCACUUGAGUAUAUUACUUCUCUUGCAAAUGGCUCACAUGUAUGUGAUCUUUAUGUAAAAUGUAUUUUUUCUUCCUCGUUAUUCUUUUUCAGGUGUCAUUUACUCCACAGAAUCCUGGUUUUCACUCAGUGGAUUAUCUGGAAGUUAUAGCUCUUGGAGCUACCAAUUGUUCUGUUAUUAAAUGCAAAGGAAUAGGCAAAGGUAGUGAUAUGUUUAGUGCUUUUACAGGCUCUGAUAGUUCAUGAAGUUGAACUUGGAAAUAAAAAAUUAUUAAUUGAAAUAAUUUAUACUGGGACAUGUCAAUUUUAACAUUGUCCGCUGCAUGAAGGGGGGGGGGUACUACAAUUUAUUUUAGGAUGAUAUACUUAAAAGGCCUUUUAAGGGUGCAGUGUUUAGAUGCAUGAACUGAAAGUGACUUCCACUUGGGAUCGCAAAAAUUAUGUUUGUUCAAAAGUGACUAAGAUGGGAUCUUUAGUUUACCACAGAAUAAACUUUUAUGGGUGAGGAAUUCUGAGGGACCAGUGGCACAUAUCCAGCAAAAAUUUACCCAAGUUUUCUCCUGACCCUCAUUCUAGGUCAGCUGUAAUCUCAUAAUAACUAUGAGCAUUAUAUUAUGAACCACCCUUGCCGUCUAAUCAAUUAAUUUCCAGUGCAAAUCAGUAUUUUGUAUUUAAUUCUGUUUGUUAGGGCCUGAAGUUGUUCUUGACUGUGACUAUCUUGAUAUGGGAGUUGUAGAAUCUGGCAAGUUUUCAGCUAAAAGUUUCAAGGUUGUUAACAAUUCAGAUGUUCCUGCAGCUUUUCAGGUAAUGUAAUAAGCAAAUUUUUGUCUUCUAAAGGAUUAUUGAUGUCAAACACUUUUAGAUUAAUACAACUCUCAAUAUUUAACAAUUAUUUGCAAAAGGUUAAUAUUAGACUUGUAACUGCUCAGAUGCUCUUUGUAAAAACAGGGUUAUUUGACCUUCUGAAAUAUUUUUAUUUUCUACUUGUGCAAGGUCAGCUCCUUUGGGCACUGAAUGGUGUUAGUGUGGUGUAUGAUAUCUGGGAGAUUGACAACUUCGAUGAUUAAAGGAAUGGCAUCACAUUUAGAUUAGAGAAAAAGUAUCAAGUCCAAUUUCAUACUUAAUUAUGAGCAAAAAAUAUGUACUGAGUCCCUAAAGCCUUUGAAAUCCAUACAGUAUUUUGUAAUUAUUGCUACUAGAUACAGGUCACUAAAAUUUUCAAGGUAACUGUCAUGUUUUACAUUGAACAGAUACUUCUUUUUUUAGAAUGAAGAAAUAAAUCAGCUCAGGUUUUUUGUAAGAUGUUUUCCUGUUUUUGUUGCCCGAAAGUGUCCACUGAAGGGAUUUACAAAUAAAUUGUAGGUGCCCCUUUCAGAGAGGUGUCAUUCUUCUUAAUGGCAUUUUUUUGGAAAAGAAAUAUUAGAGAUAACUUGAUAUCAACAGAUAAACUUAAGUUUAAAAGUUACUCAUUUGUACUUAUGAUAAUCGUUGUAACAUAUGUUUUAGUUCAUGAUCGAUUGCAAUCAAAGUGUCUUCAAGCUGGAAGCAACAUGUGGUUUAUUACCUGGCAAUAGUUCUCAAGUCAUAAUUAUACACUUUUCUCCAACAAAUCCAAUUAAUUACUACAGGAGACUAACUUGUCUAGUGCAAAACCAGGUCAGUGUUAGUAUUAGGCUGGUAAUAUUUUUCUGUUUGUCUAAACUGUAAUCUUGAAAAGUGUUUUAUAUUAAGUUUUGUUCAUCUGAUUUUCUCAGGAUCCAUUGUAUGUUGAUUUGUUUGGAACUUGUCAUACAGAACAAGUUAAACCAGGUACAUUCAGUGUCUAUGUUUAUAAUUUAGAAAUUCUUUAACUCCCGUAAGUGACCAAGAUAGAAAUUCUCCCAACAAUAUCAAUACAAUAUCAAGCGGAAAAGUGAUGAGAAUAAAGAAAAAUAUCAAUUAGGAGAUUAUUAGGUGAUCCAAUACCAAAUUCUCAGAAUAAGCUCCAUGAGAAUUUUUAUGGCACACACUAAGGAGAAUUACUGAUGAGAUCUUGGGAGUGAAUGGGUUAGUGUUUAUGCAUUUUACUUUUAAAUAAGCGUGAAACUCAGUCUUACAUUUUUUUAUCAUAUUUACAUAAAAUGAACAAUUGGGCUUGUGGGGAUACUGAACAAUUACUACAUGAAACAAGAAAAAUGACUUACGAUAAAUUGAUCUGUUUAUCAGCUGUUUUGCAGAAGAAACAUCUGGACAGGUAUCACAUCCAUGUUGGACGUGGAUUCUCAAAAAUCUCACCAGAGGUAAGUGGUGGUGUUCCUGCUAAAAGAGAUCUAGAGAUAAAUUUUGAUCAACAUGAUGUAUAAUUAUUUGAAUUUAAGUUAUUUCAAAAUGCUUUUGCCCUAGAACAGCCCUCAACAAAAUCUAAAUGUACAUCUAAUGUAUCAAAUAACCUAACUGCUUAAUUUGUUUAUUUAUUUAUAGCAACUUAAUGAAGAUCUGAGAACAAACAAACUUCAACUUGAUGAAGAAGGAGCUCUAAUGGCACUGGAGGUUGGUACCCUGAGAGUUAAGGUUGAUGUGACAUUAACCCUUUACACCCUAAAAUAAGUUUUCAUUUUCUCCACACCGUUUUUUUUACAUUUCCUGUGGUAAUGAGAAAGAGAAUUUAUGUGACCAUCAGGAGCUUCUUAGGUUGGUGAUCAUUUCCAUUAUUCUCAUGCCCUGUAAAUUUUCUUUAAUGGUAAUACUGUAAGGAGAACGAAGAAGUCAGUCACUCUCAGGGAUUAAGAGCUAAAACAUAUACUGCUUAUUAUUAUAAUAAUAUUACAUCAUCCCUUUCAUUUUGAGUUUUGCCUUUAGGAAAUAAAGGAUGUAGUUUAAUUACAACAUUCAAUGUAUUCUCUUUUUAGCAUAGUACUUCCUCUAGAGAAUUACUGCCAUCAGUUCAUGAACUUUCACCUAUGGAAGAGUUCUUUUGUCAUGCAUCAGUUGGAGAAACUGUAAGUAGUUUGUUUAUUUAGGUCCAUGUUUUUCUUCCUUUUAAAUUUACUAAUUGAAGCUUGAUUCUAAUGUAAUCACUAUGUUCAUGAUUUGCAGACUGCCAUUGUUCCUCAUGUCAGUUUAGAUGUUCACCACACAGACUUUGGGCAGCUGCUGGAUCCUAAAGCUGUGGAGCAGAAGGUAAAAUAGUUUCAGAACACUUUUUUGAUUUUCCUUGAUUAUGAGCUCAAGUUUUCACUUUUUUUUUCUAUUUUUACUUACAGACAGUAAACAUCACAAAUCACACAAAGGGAAAAAUCACAUGCAUGUGGAUGAAAGGUGGUUAUAGUUAAUUUAAAUUGUAAUUUGUUGGUCAUUAAAAAUUGUUGUUUGCCCAUUUCUAGUUUAAGACCAAUUAUAAUUAUUGCAAAUGGUAUUGUGAUUUAUACUCAAUUAAUGAUUUUGCUCCUUUCUGUCUGAUAGAUACAAAAGGGAUAUUUUCUGUUUCCCCUGAUGAAGCAGACAUCCUCCCCUUAAAAACUGCAUCAUUCCGAGUGACAUUUAGACCAGUAAGUUAUUGAUACUUUCAAUACUCAUUGUUAGUGCCUUUUUCAUUCACAUGGUUCCUUUUUCUAUUACUGUGAUUCUGUUUACAGUGUGAUUUAUGACUGUAUUUUUUUUAAAGAAUGCUGCCAAUCAGUUUUUUAGUGCUGACCUGGAGUGUUAUGCAUUUUAUAAGGUGAGGUUCUGUUACAAGAGCUUGUGAAUUUGUUAGGAACCCUAACUUGAUUGUUUCUUUUCCAAGCUCAUAACAAACAUAUUUCUCAUGCAUUUAAGGCUUCUGAUUUAAAAUAUUGAGUUCAAGAUAGCAAAUCGCUGUUUGAAAUUCAUUUUCAUUUAAAUGUAAUUUACUCUUUGUUCCCUUUGUGCUUGCUUCAAAUACAACAGUGGAAGAUAUAGCUCAGAAUGAAGGAAUGCACAUCUUAGUUACAGUUACUGCAAUAACUAUUUCUUUUCACAAUUUCCUGGAGGAGAAUGCUCUUUACCCCCCCCCCCUUCCCAGAUGGUGAUGCCCAUGGCAUCACAAUUGAACACUCUUCUGUGGAAAAUCUUACUCUUUGUCAUUAAUUAAGAGUUCUGAUGAUGUCAUUAAUUUUUUUUAAGUAUAAUUUUUUGCUUAUCCAUUGAAGUACAUUUUUGACAAUGUUUGAUAGAUUGAUCUUAUUGUGUCACACAGUGAUAGUUAGAUGAAAUUUAUAUCAUGUUAUUUCUAUCAUGGUACAGAGUAUGAGAGAUUAUCGCCUGGUUGAGGAUACCACUUUGUGCCCUCCCUGGUGCCUUUCACUCAGUGCUACAGGUUUGUGCUGAACGUAACUUUAAUUAGUAAUUAGUAAUGAACUGAACUCUGUUUGUGGUCAGAUUCAAGGAUAUGGUGCUUUAGUUCUGUUUUUGUUGCCAUACACUUUAAUGAGUUCUUAUAUAUGUGUUUUAAUGUUAUUUCUAGAAUUUUUGUUGAGGAAACAUCAAUGAAUCUGUGUUCCUUGUUUCACUGAAAAAAGUUUUUUUUUAAAAUUAUUUUUAGGACACACAUUUGCAAUGGGGACUGAAACAUUUAUCCCCAGAAGUCAGUGGGAUGUAAAACAGCUGGUAUGAGAUAAUAAGGGAAUGUAAACUAAAGCUAAUGGCUUUUAAGCUGUUUUGUCAAAAUGUUUUCUCCAUUUAAACUGCUCAAACUGAUGUUUGGUGACCUCAAAUUUAGCACAAUGAAAUUAAAAGUUAGUGAUUACUUGAACCCUCUUUAAAAUUUAGUUUUUCAGCUUUCUGUUCCUUAUUUUUGUUCAGUUCAACCUGAUUUAACAAAGCAUGUUUUGCUGGUGUGAAUGAGGAAGAUUCUACCCUACCCUACUCCUAUUAGAAUGUUGCUGUUUUAUCUUUUUCUUUCUAAACUUGAUUCGUAACUCAUUCCUUUUUUCCAAUGUUUAGGUCUUUCCAGCUACCACUGUGGAUGGCAUGUCAUACAGAACAUUGCUGUUGAGCAACAAUGGGCAGAAUCCAAUCCAUUUUGCAUUUGAUGAUGAUCCAUCAGGGUAAUGACAAAAUAAAUUGUAAUGUUACUUUUACUUUUCCACAAAAGAUCAAAGACCAAGUGUGGGUGAAACUAGAGGAGUAAAAAGUUAUAGCGGUCUGUAAAAGGCAAAUAGAAGUGCAACCCUUUAAAAAAAAUUAACCCUAAUAAUACAUGAUAAGUUAAAAAAUAACUUUUUACUAACCAAGUGUGAGGUUAUUACUGUGGAAUAUUGGCCUGAGGUUGUGGUAGUGUGGACCAAGUGCAUUGCAAAGUCUGUACAAAAACAACAGGGGGCCAAUGUUCCGCAGUGUGGCUCAAGCAAGCAAGGUUAGUAAGUAGUUUAGUAUUUGGUACUCAAAUCAAACUGGCCUAUGUUUAAUUUGCAGGCUGUUGUGAACAAAAUACUCAGCUUAUGACAUUCAAAUAUUAAUGAUCAAUAGAUUUUUCCUUUUAAAUAUGCAUUUGACAAUUAUAUCAAAGGGGAAAGUGAACCUGUUUAUUGAAAAUUGAGCAGAAUAAGUUCUAUAAAUUUAAGGCUGAAACUCCUAAGAGCUUUUAGUGGUAUUUAUAAUAAUAAUAAUAUUAAUAAUUGUGAUUAAAGUUGAACAAACUUAAUUAUAAAUUCUGGUUUUAAAUCUCUCAUGCUGAGCUAACUGUAAGUGUUUCUGGUUCCUUUUUUCAGAGAGUUUACAUGUAGACCUAGAACUGGAUUGCUUACUGAUAAAUAUCAGGUUAGAAUUGUGUUUUAAUGAUGGUUAAUAAUGAUUUGUUCAGAUGAAGGGCUUAGGCUUGAAAUGUCAGUAUUGGGAACACUUUUGGGUGGCCAGUUCACAUUAUUUAUCUACUCUGUCAUCUGGUUAAACCAAAUAAUCUUGUAACACCCCUCACCAAUGCAGCACCUCUGACAGUUUCUUUAGAAGCUUGCCCCAUCAUUCAUUAAUGAUCUGCAGUCAACUUGUUUAUUUAGACCAUGGAUGAUUAACUUUCUAAAUACUUCAAACCUUCUCUCUUUUUUUUUCCAGUUGAUUAUUUUCAAAAUGGCACCAACAGAAGCAAAAGCCUUUAGGUGCACAGUCAAUUGUAAGCUGAAUGAUGCAAACAAGUUUACUCAGGUUAUUUUAACUUUUUUUGUAAAUUAAGUGAAAUGAGUUUUCAUCACAUUGUAUCAUACUUAUAGAUAUGAAUUUUUGUUCAUAAAAUUAAAUCCAAAUUUUUUUGGCAAGUACAUUUAUUUUGUAAUGUAUAAUAUGUGAUAGUUUAUACUGAGUACUUUACAAUUUUGUUUAAACAGGAAAUCAACCUUGUUGGAUCAGCAGAGAUUCCAUCUCUAAAACUCAAUAAUCAGGUUAUGCUCAUAUAAUUAUAUUUGUUAUUAAACCACUAAUCCUUUAUUUUCAUGGGUUCAUAUUUCUAUGUUUAGUCAUUGUAAGCAGCUUGUUUUUUUGGCUAUAGGAGAUUUACUGAUCAGAUUUUACACAUCAGUUACUGCUAUGAAUGAAAUCUUAAUUUAAGUAUCUUUGUUGUUUUCGUAAGUGUGAAAAGUUUGAAAAUCAGGUGAUUUCUGAUUGAAUCUGUCUAGUGACUUUCCAUGAUUAUUUCAUCUGACAGUAACUUUUUUGGGUUUUACAGGGAACUGUUUAUUUCAAACCAACUUGUUUGGGUACAGCAUCAACAAGGCUGUUUGAAGUAAAGAAUACCUCCAGGAUUCCACUGAGGUUUGUUCAAUUAUGUUUUUUUUUUACCUUUUUAAAUGUCAAACUAAAUCCCACCUUUUUCUCAUUAAUAGAAAUAAAAUCUAUCUUUUUUCUUAGAAUGAGAGUCCAGCAAUGUGUUUGUAUAAGAUUGAUAAUUACAUUAUAACAUCAACAAGCCUAAUUUUGCUUAUCAGGUUUUCAUGGAAGAUCCCUGGACCUCAUUUUAAAAGUCUUAGCAUUGAUCCCUCUGAUGGAGUCAUUCUACCCAAUGAAACUCAGGUGGGCAUGAGCAGUGUGUUUCAAUGAUUUUUUUUUUGUUAAUUGUCUUCCAAGAUCCCUGUAAAUUAUCACAGUGUUACUAGUAAGACAAAACAAUUUUGGUCUUAUCUACAUGUCUUAUCCUCUAUCAGUUUUAUCAUCUUUUGCAGAAUUUAAUGUGAAGCUGUCAUAAGCAAUGUGUUGUAAACAACUCCUUUUUUUCUCAUAGGCUCACACUUUUAGCUUUAAACCUCAUGAAGAAGAAAAAUAUGUGAUCAAGACAAAACUCUCUGUGAAAGGAUUGCAACCAGAAUCCCAGCAACAGUAAGGAGUUCAUAAAACGUCAGCUGGAACCUGAUCAUCAUUUGGUCAUCAUAAUGUUUCUCUAAAUCAAUUAGAUAAAGCUAAUUCAAUUAUAAUGCAACCUUUUUGUGGAGUAGUUUUGGUUUUUACUGAGAAUGUAGCAGGGCUACAUACAGAGAAUGAGAGAACUCUUCAUCAUUUUAACUGUUGUCUAAAGCAGAAAAUUAUUCAAAGCCAAGUAGUUGACUUGGGUUGUCUUUUACCUCUAGAGCACAAGAAGAUAAGUCCUAUCUAGUGAGAGUUAUUGGUGAAGGAUCUCUUGGGGAAAUUGUGGUAAGCAUUUAACCAUGUAACUCCCAAGAUCAGAUUGUUAAUUCUCCCCUCUAGGGGCUAGACAUUUGUCAAUUAAUUAACAGGAGUUUAGUGCUAGAUCAAGAUAACUUUUACCUGAUAAUUUUGAGCCCUUCUAUUACCCUUUGAUUGGAUAAUGUGUGGAUAUCAUAGGGAGCAGGUAAUCACUUGUGUGCAGAGUUAAAGGGCCAAGUCAACAUAUAUAUUUUCCACUGGAUGUCUUUCCAAUUGGCAUCAUUCCUUUUAUUUAUUUCUACAUAUAUAUGAGCAUUAAUUUAUUCUUUUCAUCUUAAAGUGUCUAGAGGAGGCUAUGACUUUUGGGGACAUUGUUGUGGGAAGCUCUGCAUCUCAAGAGCUAACAAUCCAUAAUAAUAGUGACUGCAGUCUCCACUAUAACCUACUUAUUGACCAGGAGAUAUUGGGACCCUAUGAUGAUGAACAGAUUGCAAGAGAUGUAUUGGGUAAGUUCGUCAUAUCUGGUUUUUUUUCGGUUUUUUUGUUUUAAGUUUUAUGUUAUUUUACCUGGUACUGCAUAAAAAUAUCUGGAGAGAAGUAUACUUGGUUUGAUGGAAGUGUUUUUAACUGUUCUCUUGUGUACUGCAGCAAUGGAAAUAAGCAAUCAAAAUGGGAUUAUUCCAGCAAGAACUUCCCAGAAAAUAACAGCAACUGCUUAUCCUUCACGCCGUGUUUCCUACAAGUUCAAACUCUUUUAUGAACUUCUCUCAAUUUGUGGUAUGUUAAAAUUUUUUUUUCACUGACUCACUCAAAAUUAUAUUGUUGACUUGGCAGGUACACCCUUACAUUUCCUUUUUUAGUUAUUUUAUUUUACUCUUGAUUACUAAUAAUAUUGACACCUGAAUAGCAUGAUCCACAAACAAUGAGACUUAGCUUCAUGAGAAUUGUUUGCACAGACACAUAAUCAUUCAUUUACUUUUCUUAUUAUUCAAUCCAUGUAAAAUCUUUUUUCACAAUGUUCCUAGUUUCCUUUUUAGGAAAGCUUGGAUAGUCUCCAUCUUUCACCAUUUGCAACAUAUGUUAGUUACCUUGUAGACACAUAAAGCUGUAGGGUGUCUUUGUUUAUUGAAAAUUCUUUUUAGGUGUCAACAUUUUUGCAAUUGAGUGUUAACAGCAGACACAUCCAAUUCAAAUGUUGAUUUUCCUCUGGCAGAUGGUGGAAAACCUCUGAUGACUUGCCCCAAAAGACAACUAGCUGAACUGCAGUGUCAGGGAGUGUAUCCUACUCUGUCUGUGACUGAUGUACGUUGUCUGGGGAGUGGCAAAGCUUACAGCAAAGUGCAGAUAUGGAAUCUCCUAUCACUUGACAGGUAGACUUAAAUGGUUAUUCAUAAUUAUCCCAGGUGAAAUCUUUGAAGAUCUUGAAGGAUCCUUGCAGGAUCCUUGUGAGGGUCUAUACAAAAAUCUUUGUGAGGAUCUUGGCAAGGUCUUUGAAGUGUGUUUAUUAUUUCCUCAAGAAUCUUAAGGAAGUCUUCAGUGUCUUCUCACUGGUAAGAGAUCUUUGAAGACCUUGUAGAGAUUCCUUCAGGAUCCUCUAAAGAUUCUAAUGUUUAAAUGUCUUUGUCAGGUCUUUGAUGCUCUUGAGGCAGCAAGUCAAGUUAUCUAAAAUUCUUCAGUCAAUUUAUUAGCAGGGAAUAAUUGAAAUUGAAAACUCUUCUGUUUUUGUAUAAUGGGAUGGUGUCAUUGAGUAUUUGUCAACAAAAAUAAGAUUAAAUACAAUGUUACUUAUAAUAUCUUAUCAAAACUAAUUAUUUUGAAUCAAUGUUGUGUCAUUUUACUGUGUUUGUCAAAACUUUACUGUUUUAACUUGCAGUCUCAAUGAAUGUUUGGAGGCAGAUCCGUCUCCAUCAGAACUCCUUUAUGCUGCAGUCACAAGGCACAGGUAAGUUACAUCUCAGACUGUCAGUAAUAAUUAACUCAAUCACAAAUCAUGCUGAUGAAUAUUAAAAUAAAGUGAUCCAAAUUUACACAGUACCAGGCGCCGAGUCCCUGUCAAUACACGAGCGAUUAUGGACUUAAACUUUGGAGCUGCACCUUUGAAUGGAGAUCCAUGUGUGGUGCAUCUAAACCUACAAAACACAGGCACAGUUCCUGCUGAAUGGUAAUUAUAACUCCUGAUAAUACCAAGUGAUCAUGUAGUCUGAUCAUCUAAGUGAGAGUAGUCCUGAGAAGGACUGUUGUUGGUAGUAAUGACUGACAUUUUGACAACCUAGGCAGAAGUCAUCAGAUUCAAAAGGAGAGUUGCUGUCAGCAGUCACAUGUUAUAAGUCCAGUUCACAUAAACUGAUAAGUCAAUUAAGCCUUGAUGUUAUAAUAUACUGGGAAUAAGAAUCAAGUGUGAUUGGUCAGUUUCUAUCUGUAGGUAAUGAUAGGUUGCCCUUUUCAAUCCAUUUUAAUACCAAGAUUGUCAUUUCUGAUGAAUUACUUCAAUUUGAAAAUGAAGAUAUUCUUUUAAUUUACAGAUUUUGCAGUUUGCAUUCAGUUUAUAUUCAGCUUAUAAAAUUUAAAUCAAAUGAUAAAAGAUACAGUUAUGUGGCUGCACUGCUUAAACUGUUGUAAGACAGCUUUUAUAGUAAACUUCAUAACUUAAUAUAUUUGAUGGCUAAUCAUGUCAAUGAAUCCCCCAAGUCAAAUCAGGUCACUUCUAUUAGAAGUUGUAUUGAAUCCCCAAGAACUGAUGACAGAGAAUUUUUUACCUUGCAGGGCAUUCUUGUAUCCAAGUGAUCUUCAGCUUGAGUUAGAAUACUGGGCAGAAACAGGAGAGUAUGAUGAAGAUGAACUGCAUGAGGUAAGAGUACAAAAACUGGGAACCUGGACAUGAGUUUUACAUACUUUAGUUUGGAAUUUUAAUUGUGUUUAACAUUUGUUAAGAAUUGUAUACUCCUUUAGAUGCAGGUCAUGGAUAAUAAAUUGUUCAGCAUUGAACCUAGAAGAGGAAAGUUGUUGGCUGGAGAGUGUCACACUGUUACUCUUACAUACAGGUAUGUAUAAAAUACAGUGUCACAAUUUACACCACUGUUUAUGCAGGAAAACUUUCCCAUAUAUUUAUUUUGUUCAUCACUAAAUAAAACAGCCAUGGGCCCAUGAGCCAUACACAUGUCUGAUUCUCCUUUUGUCAGAUUAUCAAUUCUUUGGUUUCAUCACGCUUGCAGCCACUCAUUCAUUGGCACCAACAAGCUUCCUGUCUUGUUCAAGGUGAUGAGAGGAAGAGAAAUCCUGGUAUGAUAUAUAUUACUACAAAUUAAAUGAAUAUACUCCUUGUGUAAAUUUCAGUAGAAAUUCACCUCAAGUCAGGCAGAGUUGAAGAAAUGACAAAUGUCUUUAAAUUUACAUGGAAGUAACUUUGUUUCACUUAAAUAAGUCUAAAUCUGAAACAAAAAUCUCAUUUAAUUUGUCACAGUCCACUAUAAUUUUUGUCUUAUAACUUUGUUUAUUUGCUUACUUGCCCAGCUGAACUUCAUUGGUGUGACUGUGGACCCUGACAGUUACUAUGUUCACUUUGCCAGUACAAGGCACCUUUUUGAGCCAGUCCCUGUUGGAGGGACAUCACCACCAGUACAAGUCUAUGAACUGUACAAUGGAGGAUCCAGAGUUGUAAAGUAUGAGCUGGAUAUGGAGCCUCUUGCACAAGUUCAGGCUGUAAGUCUUAAUGUUUGCAUUCAGUUAAUUCAGCAGGAUUCAUUAUCGUCAUUUGAUUUUGAGAUAUUGACAGAAUGAACUAUGGAUGCAUUACUUGACUUAUUACAUUUAUUUAUUAUCCAAAAAAAGCCACACACAAGGAUCCUAAGUUUUUUGUUUGACAACUUAGUAUUACUUUAUCACUAUGAUCACUGUGCUCCUUUCACCGAGGCACCCUUUUCCGAGGGAAGAGGGGGUUACUUCCUAAUAAUAGGCUUAUGGAGAUGUGCUGCUGAUAAUAGGCUUAUGGAGAUGUGCCACUGGAUGAGAUCAAACUUUCUCAGCUUGAUUGACUAAUGGGGUUGCCAUUUAAAUAUAGUUACUUGAGUGGGGUCACACAUUUUCUGGAUUUUUAGGCUAAGAAAAUUCAAGUAAAUAGGCAUUUAAAAAUGGUACAUUAAAUUUACAAGUAUUUACAGUUAACAAAUGUAUCAGAAUGUUUGUACUGUAGGUGAAAAGUAUUCUAGAAAUUCAGUUUGACAAAAUUGUGCUUAUUUGUUUUUGGAUGAACAACUUAAAAGGCUUGAUAAAGUAGAUGCACAAACAGAAAGUGACUAAGUUGGGAUUGAAAAAAUGUUUUGUCCAAAACUGACGAUGGAGUCUAUAAUUAGCCAGAGAAUAAACUAUAAUGGGGUAGCUUGGGGUUCUAAGAGGCCAGUGGCACAUACCCAACAAAAAUUGACCUAGGUACCCACCUUGGGCUCUUUUUUAUGACAUCAAUUUCAGCCAAUCAAGUCUCUGGUAUGUUGCCAACAUUUUUUUAACUUUUAAUGACUUCAUGUUUUGUUUGUUCAAAGCAAAACUAUGGCUGCCGCAUCUUUGAAUGUCUGAAUCCAUCAGGGGAGAUUCCCCCAGGGUGUGCUGCUCUGAUUUACUGGCAGUUUGCUCCAUUGGAGGCCAGGACUUACAUGGUAAGUUGUCAUUCAUGGUAGCCUGUGUGUAGAUUCUGAUUACCCCUUCAAGACAAGCAUUUCUCUCCCUGGAGGAAGAUUUUGGACCAGUGACUGGAGGCAGGGAGAAGGUUUGAGCACUGGGGUCUGGUACUAAUUAUCAGUGCUAGACCCUUACAGACCACUCACUGGCUUGAGUUUCCCAAGGCCUAAAAUUUUUUCUAAGAAAUGUUUGUGCUUUAAAGCUCUUCCUAAUAAAAGGGGCCUGCUGGGUCUACUGGCUGGUUAAUUUUAUAUAAUUUUUUAAUCUUAGAUUCUCUGGUCCAUUACUUACAAUGCAGACUUAUUAAAUGGUGUGUCUUCAACAUGUAGGUUGAUAUACCAGUGCGUAUUAUUGGUGGUGAGACAGUUCUGGUAACAUUCACUGGAGUGGGAUAUGACCAACGUAUCAUGGGAGAGACUCUUCCUAUCAGGGAUGUUGCCAGUAACACAGUCCCUGACAAGCAGGUUGUCCAGGUGCCUAAACAGGUUGGUAUCACCUCAGCUAAGGUGUUGCUACUGCCAACACCAAAUUACAGGCCAUCCUCUUGUUAAUUCUUAACUGUCUUUGCCACAGCUAGUACUAUGCCUCAAGCUUUAAGCCAUAAUUGGUCUCAAGUCAAUCAAAAGACAUCAUUACUUGACAUGCUGGUUCUUUGAUUGGCUUUCAAUGUCGGAUGAUUCACUCUGACUUCAGUCUUUCAGAGUUAACAAGAAUUUAAAUUCAAAAGUGGUAAAAAUAAAGUUAUGAACUUUUUAUGUAUUAAUUGAGGUGUAUUAUCAUAUUUAAUGACUUUGACUUGUGUUUUUUCAGCUGGCCUAUUUGUCAGUAGAGUGCAUUCCAUUUGGUGAUGUUCCUCUUUACACCAUGUCUCGUUGCAUGUUUUUUCUAACAAACACAUCACAGGACCAUAUCAUAUCCUUCAGAUGGGUAUCAGCUUUAGACCAGGUACUAAACAAACAAAAGCAAUCAGUUUCUAAUUGAUAAAAAUUGUAUUUCUUAGAGAGCGCCUUUCAAUUGUCAUAAAUCUAGAACCAAAGCAAUUGCAGUGGCCAAUCAGGAGAAAAAAGAAAAUAUCUUUACAGCGAAUGAGAACAAUGAGACAGUAUUAGAACCACCAAACUGUCACAAGCAUGGGGAAAUGUGAGCAACCAAGUUGUGAUUGGUUUUAGUUUUGUAUCUGAUUGGUUGAGAUGGUGGCACAACUUUUCUGGACCAAUCACAGAGUGAAGUAAAGCAAAGCCAAUGUUAUGUCAGAUUACUUUCGAUACUGAAUUGAAAUUCCUCAACUUACCAUUAUCUUGUAUGUUUAGGUGAUUGAGGUUCAGUUUGUCUCUGGUUCUGUUGAUCUCAACUUGUAAUUAAUUUUAUCUUAGGUGGUAAUGAUAGAACCUGAUCAUGGCUUCCUCAAACCACAGCAGAAUGUAUUGCUUAAGGUAUAAGCCUCAUUAUAUUAAGUCUUUCAAUUAUACACUGAAUUACAUUUUAUUGUAUGGACCUCUCUUUGGUAUUUGUGUCGUAUUUUCAAAGGAAGCAAGGCUCAGCUUAAUUGUUCUUUAAACCUUCUAGGUCUCUUUCUUCUCCUGUGGCACACCAUCACUUUAUGAUAUGGAUAUAAUAUGCGAGGUUUGUCAGUUUUUACUUCGCUAUUGUUUAAUCCAAGCUCUUUCAUUUAUUUAGUUGACAAUUAAGGUCUUUGGAAUUUUAGAUUGUAGAUGAAACUGAGAUGGCAGAGUACAACCAGCUCCUGAUUGACUGGACCAACAUGAAGGAAGAGAAACAGUACACUUUUACAAUAACUGAAGAUAAUAUAAAGAGACCUCAUUCUGGACCACACCUUAAAUCCAUCAGCCACCCUCACCAACCUGUGUCUCAUUCUGAAGGUGAUUUGAAAAAAUAUCAGGCUUUGCCACCAAUUGGUUCACCCAAAGAAACGAAAAGAAAAAAAACAAGCAACUGUGAUCGACAAGAAACACCCCCCCAACCUGUACCUCCAGACUCUUUCCUUCUCCAUCUGGGAAUCACUGCAAGGACUCAUGCAAUUGGAGAGUAUUACAGCAACUUCCCAUCAGCAAUCAACAAAUUUAUGAUUGACCAGUGAGUAGCUGUAUUUGUGUUGUAGAGUUACACUAUCUAGAAAAAGGCUGCAGAUAUUCAUAGUCAUGUACAUGAGAGACAGUCUGAGGAAGGCUUGUUGAUCACCAAGGACGAUGAUAGAGGAAGAGAAAUGAAAUGAUGAAUAAGAAGAGAGAGAGAGAGAGAGAGAGAGAAAGGGAGAGAGAGAGAGAGAGAGAAAGAAAAGAAGAGAAUGACUCCUGCUUUUUGGAAAGUGUCAGAGGGAGUAAUUAGUUGAUGGUUGAGGGUAGUGGUUGAUGUGGCAUGUAAAUUGAUACAGAAAAUCAAGGUAGAUGUUGAAGCUGUUAUUUGUGGGGUCUCUUAUUAAGCACAUGAAAUGUUGAUUUCAUUAGAGUGACUUAAAUCUUUGCAGACAUUAUGUAUUAUCACAAGGGACUGGUGACAAAGAGAGAGAAGAGCUGUCUGCUUUAGUUUCCUGCUCCAGACAUGAGAUAGGGAUUAUCCAGGAUGUACUCUCUGUUAUAUUCAGGUAAAGGCUCCUUUUUUAAUUGUUUGCUCAAUGAUUAACCCUUUUAACUCCCAGAAGUGAUUAACAUGUAAUUUCACCUUAUUAUAUCCAUACAUUAUCCAGCAAACAGGUAAUAAGAAAGGCAAACUUAUCAGGAGUGGGGUAGAAGUUGUUGUAUUGAUCUAGCACCAGAUUCUCAUGGUAAAUUCACAAGGAAAUGUGUAGCAGUUGGUGGGCAGAAUUAACAAUCAGAUCUUAAGAGUUGAAGGGAUAAGCCAUACAAAGGAAUGCUGCAUACAUAUAUACUUCUAAUGCUGUCAAAUCAGUAUGUGAUAUGUAUGAGAAAAUCUCACAUGUGCAAUCUUUUCAAUCAGGGCUCCCUUAAAUAAUGUUAUUAAUAGCAAUAUUGUUUAAUCCAUUUUUAGAUUGAAGGGUUUUUAUAUGGUAAUGUAGUGCAUAUUUAGGUACAUUGUAUGUCAGCCUCUUUUAAAGAGUAUGUAUUAAAGCUUUAUUUUUUUUUUGUGGGUGUGUGUUCCUCAAGGGGUCUUCUUGAUGAUGACAAUUUCUAUCAGAGGAUGAAUGAGAUCAACCAGGAACCUGUGCCCUACUUCAGACAGCUUUGUGAAACCCAAUACACCGCCAGCUCCAGGCCCUCCUCAGCCAGUAGUCAAAGUUCUGACCAAUCUCUUGUGGAUGGUGAGUUUGGAGGUGACCUGGAACAAAUUCCCUUCAACAGACAGGUAACAUGUGGAAAACAAUUUUUGUUAUAAUGACAUUAUAGUCAGCUGGAAAUAAGAACACACGGUCAGUUUAUUUUGGUGCUGAUAAACAGUUGCUUGAAAUAAAUGAAGCCACCAAUGAAGGUGACUUUACAUGUAGACAGAUUAUACCAACUGCUGUAUUUGUGUGCUAUGACAGGCUGUUGUGGAUCAAAAUACAGAGGAGAGAGUUAUGAGUAGAACUCAUCAGAUUAUACAGCAUAAUUCAGAGUCAUCGCUGUCCAUAGCUGAUAGAUUGACAGAUGCUGACCGAGAUCAUGAAAGUAGCACUGUACAAAGACAGGCAGUGCGAAGGUUUGUCAUUACUGUUCUUCUUUUUUGCAAUCACAGCCUGACAAAGUAUGCCCUCAUUACUGCAGUUUUUUAUGAAAUCACACCCAAGAGCUCAGUUCUCAUUUGAACAAAACUGAUACUUUAUUCUUUUUAUUUUGUGUACUCAUCUAUGUUUAUGACACUUUGACAACAGUUACCUUUGUUGUCAUCCUCAAGGUGAAUAUCAUUUGUUGUGGUUCAUUUUAGCAGCAAGAAAAUUACAAUCACUCUUGUUUAAACAAUUGUUCCCUCACACAAAUAGUUUUUUUGCAUUUAGUUCCUCUAAAAUUUAUGGCGGAUCCAGGAUUUUUCUUUUUUUUAGAAGGGGCGUGCUUCCACUAAGGAAUGAGAUAUCUGACAAAUGAAAUAAACAAUUUCUUUACAGAAUACUAAUCGUAUUAGAAGGCUGCAAUUCAUCUCGGGGGGAGGAGGGGAUGUGCACACUCUGCUACCCUUCUCCAGAUCUCCCCCUGUGCCCUAAGAUAACACACAUUUUUAACUAAAAGACAAACUUUACUGAACACUUUAUAACCGCUCUUUGUGUUUCAGAUUGCCAGAGUUUGAGUCAUUGGUGGAAUCUGUUCUUGAAAAUUCCAUUUUAAACUUGCUAACAGAAGCAAACUGUGGAGAGGUUAACUUGACAUUGCGGAGCAGAGUGAUAGCUCUACCACCUAACAGGGCAAACAAAUCAACUAGAUAACAGGUGGAUCACACCAAUAGUGUGUGGGGAGAUUGUGAAAUAAAUUUAAUCCUGUACAUUGGAAGAAAAUCAGUCAGCAAAAACAUGUCCUCGAGUGUCUCUAGACCAUUUUGAUGUACAUUUUAAACUAGGCUGUAUUUAUAAUUUUGUCUUCAGAGUGUCUUUUACUUUUUAUUAACAAUAAUAACUGUACAUAUGGCACCCCCAGUACAAAUCUGAGUGCUAGGAUUAUUUCCUUUCCCUUGUAUCUUUCCAAAUGUUGAGAUGCAAUCUUGUAUGAAUUUCUUGUAUUUAUAAUAAAUGUGGAGCAUUGUAACUUAGACUUUUUUGUUACCUGGGCUGCAAUCCUUUCCCACAUGCUCCCCUGCAGGGUCUUAGAGCCUUGCUUU